AUGGAGCUGAGGACCGAGUACAAAUCGAUUGUCAAGACGGGCGCCGAUCGCAAGGGCGUCAACAUUGCCAAGCAUAUUCGCUCACGCCUCAAGGACGCUGAUCCAAGCUUAAUGAAGGCUUGCUAUGCUGUGGCCCUUGGCCGCUGGGAAAGCGAGGCCUACUGGGCGAACUUUUGGUACCAGGGCGACAAGACGCGGCGGGAGUUGCUGAUUGAGAGUUUGAUGGGUCGUUCCAAUGAUGAAAUCCGUCUGAUCAAGGACUCUUUCAGCGAUAAGAAGUACGACAAUAGUCUGACAAAGUGUAUGAAGACGGAGCUCAAGGAGGACAAGUUCAAGAAGGCCGUUCUCAUGGUCCUCGACGAGCGCCGCAUGGACGACGUCGAUCAGUAUGGUCGACGUUUGCCUCUGGACUUCCACCUCGUGGACCAGGAUGUCGACGAUUUGCGCCGUGCAGUCAAGAGCGAAAAAGGCGGCGAGUCACUCAUGAUCGGCAUUGUUGUGCAGCGUAGCGACGAGCACCUUCGCGAGGUUCUCAAAACCUACGAGCGUGCCUACCGCACCAACUUUGCGCGAGACGCGCUGAAGAAGAGCGGAAACCUUGUGGGCGAACUCUUGGCGCACAUCCUGAAUGGCGUCAUCAACAAGCCUGUUCGCGAUGCGCUGCUGCUGAACCACGCACUCACAGCCUCGAAGCGUGACGGCUUGCGCAAAGACCUGCUCAUCUCGCGCUUGGUACGCUACCACUGGGACCAUGCGCACAUGGAGGCCAUCAAGCGGGCGUACCGUGAACGCUACCGCGUUGACCUGCAAGAGGCGGUCCGGGAGGGAACGAGUGGUGAGUGGGGUCAGUUCUGCUACGAGCUGUGCAUCUAUCGCAUGCCGAAUGAUGUGAAGAGAGUAGAGAGGGUUCAGAUUAAGCCGGCCAUGCCGGAACAGUAUUACAGGCAUCUAACCCCCUGCUGGAUCAAGGGUGGCAUGGAUAAGAACGAAUGCAGCUAUUCCCGACCCCCAUCGUCGCCGGCCGGGUUUCUGACUGGGAGUCAGACUUCUUCUCUUGAAGGCUCUAAAUCCGCCCAACGCACCCUUGAUCUCGACCGUGGCGCUGUUCUUCGGAAAUCCUCUUCGCGCGGUGACGUCAAUACUGGACGCAACCGCUCAACAGAACCAUCCCUAGGCCACCGAUCAGAACUCACCUCGCCCGGGUACCGCACAACGCCCUCAAACCCGGCCACCCCAAAUCCCCCCUUCCGAGCGCAGGGGAGCAGCCAAAAAAUACCCCUGCCCCUCCUGCUCUCCGCCGCCGGCAUCCUGCUGGAUCUUCUCCUGCUUCCGCAUCCGUACCCGCAGCACGCAUCGUCGUCUGCGCCACAGCUCGACCCGUCCUCGUCAUCAGACGAAGAGCAGCAGCAUGAGCAACAACAGCAGCAGCAGCUCGAACAGGCCGAGUCUGAGGUCGAAGUUUCCGAGUCCGAGCCGACCGUCACGAUGUCGUCUUCGUCAUCCCCGUAG